GGUGCGUACCGUCAAGAUGCUUUGCAUCUGUACCCCUCACCCCCCUGCAAAUUGCAAUUUUCAAAUUACUUUCUGCAAAUAGAAAAUUUACAUCCUCGCCAAUCUCCUCCUCUUUCUUAGCUGUUGUUGAUGUAGAUAAAACCUAGCCGGUCGCUGCCAAUGGACUCCAGUUUCUCUCUGUGUUUCCCCCUUCGUCUACACCUGCUCAUUUUUUGCCCUAAUUUGGGGUUUGUGGAAUCGGAUGAGUGAGAGGGCGGUUUUGGUUUUGUGAUUAUCGAGGUUGAUUGGUGCUGGGGGUCUGAGGUAUCGUGUUUUGAGAGAUUGAUCUUCCUUGUUCUGCAGCCAUGCCGGCGCUCCUCGAUUUGUCUGUAUCAGGGGAUGAAAAAAUCCGACUUAGCGGGUCGGGCUACGCUGAUUACAUGGAUUCAAGCUGUGUUUUACCUUUUGCAGCCGGGAGAGAUGUUUAUUAUCCUCCGUGCAAGAGGCUGCGGGUCACUGCCCCUUUUAUCAUUACCAGGGAACAGAAGAAGGUUGAUUCCGUCUUGAAAAAGCAGCAGUGUCACAGCUCCAUUGAUGCUCUUCCUGAUGAAUGUCUUUUCGAGAUCCUUAGAAGGCUUCCUGGAUGCCAGGACAGGAGCAUUGCUUCAUGUGUAUCGAAGCGGUGGCUAAUGCUUCUGAGCACUUUCGGAACUUCAGAAGUUGUUGGGGUGCAACACGGGAGUGAAUUAUUGAGAUCCACAAGGAUACCUCUUCCAGAUCUCAACCAAGCUGUUUCUUUUGAAUCAGAGUCGGAAUCUGAUGUUGAGACUGAUGGAUAUCUCACCAGGUCCUUGGAUGUAGAUGAAGCAACAGAUAUCAGACUUGCUGCCAUUGCCAUUAGCACUGCUGGUCACGGGGGGCUUGGCAAGCUGAAGAUUAGAGGAAGCAAUUCAACCUGCAUGGCUACUGACGUUGGCCUUUCUGCCAUUGGUCGGCUUUGCCCUUCACUGCAUACUCUGUCAAUGUGGAAGUUUCCUUUGGUUACUGAUGCAGGGCUCGCAGCUAUAGCAGAUGGAUGCCCCAUGCUAGAGAAUCUUGACAUUAGCCAUUGUCCCUUGCUCUCAGACACUGGUUUGAUAGCAAUUGCACAUAAGUGCCCGAAUUUGAGGACUUUGAGAUUGGAUUCUUGCUCUGGCAUCAGCAAUGAUGGACUUCAAGCUGUUGGUCGCCAUUGCCGGAAGCUGGUUUCUGCUUCAAUUAAAGACUGCCCUCUUGUGAGUGAUAAAGGAAUCUCUAGCUUGGUGUCUGCUGCAUCUUCUUCGCUGAUGAGGAUAAAACUUCAUAAUUUAAAUAUCAAUGAUGUAUCCCUUGCUGUCAUUGGGCAUUAUGGGCAGGCUUUAACUGACAUAUCUCUUGUAGCACUUGAGAACAUCACCGAAAGGGGUUUCUGGGUUAUGGGAAAUGCUCUUAACAUGGUAAACUUGACAUCCCUCACAAUCUCCAGCUGUCCUGGCAUUACAGAUUUGGGCUUGGAAGCUAUUGCCAAGUGUUGCCAACAUCUUAGACAUCUGUACCUCCGAAGAGCCUGCAAUGUUACAGACACUGGGCUUAAAAGUUUCACCAGUUCGACGAACAUACUUGAAAGUCUAAAGCUAGAGGAGUGCAGUAUGAUCACCCUUCAUGGUGUUCUCGACGGCCUUCUUAACUGCAAUGCAAGGUUCCGUAGUCUAGCCUUGGUGAAGUGCACGGGGAUCAGGGACAUUACUUAUCAUCCGAAUGAGCUUCCGACAUGCACCUCAUUGCAAUUCCUUACAAUACGGGAUUGCCCGGGUUUCACCAGCAAUAGUUUGGCUGCCGUUGGCAAACUGUGCCCCAACUUGCAACAAAUUGACUUGAUCGGCCUUGUCGGUGUUACAGAUGUUGGGUUUCUUCCGCUGGUAAAGAGCUUCGAAUCUCGGCUGGUUAAAGUGAGCCUUGAAGGAUGCACCAAUAUCUCUGAUGCAAGCAUUUCUGCUUUGGUGAAGACACAUGGAAGUUCAUUAAAGCUGCUUAACCUUAAUGGAUGUAAGAAGAUCAGUGACAAAAGCCUCUUUGCCAUUGCAGCAAGCUGCUUAGUUCUUCACGAUCUCGACAUUUCAAGGUGCAACGUCAGUGACAUUGGGGUUGCCGCGCUGUCCUCUGCCGAUCAGCUUAAUCUGCGGGUCCUCUCUCUUGCUGGCUGCUAUGGAGUGACUAAGAAGAGCCUUCAAUUCCUGGGAAAUAUGAAGGACUCGUUGGAAGGGCUUAAUCUUCAGCAGUGUAAGCUCACCAAUGCCCAUGGGAUUGGCUUUCUUGAAGAGAAGCUUUGGUGGUGUGACAUACUUACCUAAGCAAAGGUUGAAGAAGAGCAAAUAAAUACUAUAGAUUACUAAAAGAAUAAGAAAUAAAAGGAGAAGUCAUGUUCAUUAGUGAUAGCUGGUUCUUCAAAUAGUUUUUGGCUCUUUGCCAUUAUCAUUGAGAGCAGGCACCUCUCCACUCAGGUGAGGCUAGUUUUUGAAGGAACUGUUGGCCAUUAACCAGUUUUUUCAGACUCCUGUGACGGAGUUCUGUUUGGGGGUUCUUACCUUCAUCCAACAUCUGGUUCGGUGUUUUUUACCUCGUGCUGGCUUUCGGCUUUUGGGUCCUGAGAUCAGUGCCUUCCCUGCUUAUAGUGGCUUGUGAUAUAUUCUUCAUUUUGGAGUUUUUAAUAGGGUUGUGGUUAUGCAGAUUGUUGGAGCUGCAGCCUCAUAAGGCUGCUUUCUGCUCUGUUGUUUCAGCCAUGCCUCAUAUUUCUCCAUUGCUGGCUCUGUCUUGUCAUACGGUGUUGUUAUGGUUUGGUCGCAUGCCUGCAGUUUUAUUUGAACGCCUGGUUUCUACAA